AUUCAAUGAACGCGUGCAGCGUCAGACUCGCGUCAGUCGCGACUACGUCUAGAUUUGACUGCCUUUUAGCUACCGUCCAGGAUGGCAAUCCUUGAAUCGAUACCAACUCCGUCAUGUCCACUUGUUCGACUGACAAGCACCGUUGUUCCUCCAACUGAGAUGACACCGUCUUUCCUGAUCGACGCAAAGAACAAGUCUUACAGACACCAAUACGCAAACAUCUAUUUCACACGUCUGCUAAUGCUGAAAAAUGCAGUGGAGAAGCGGGCUAAAACUAGGUGGAAUGGACUGGCAGGCGAACCGCUCUAUGUAGCGCGUGUCCUUGAUAUCGUGAAAUCUCAGCUGUGCUGGGUAAUAGGUACGGUCUAUAUGGAUAUGCCACUCAAACCGAAUGUUUUGGAAGACAUUGGCCGAGAUCAUUCUAUCCCGGCUCCACCCCCGCGCGAGAAAUUUUACUGCGAUGAAGACAGCGUUAUGUUGGAAGAUGAGUCGGGUCGUAUCAAAUUGGUCGGUGACCGUGUCGCAGAGGAACACCUAGUCACAGGCGUCAUCGUCGCUGCACUGGGCAUGGAAACAUCCACAGGAGAUUUUGAGGUUGUGGAUAUAUGCACUGCAGGACUUGCAUCAUUUGCAGAGGAGGAAAUUCUCGGCUCAGACGCCAUGGAUAUGGAUGUGGACUCUCCAUCCACCCAAGAUGAAUAUGUAGCUGUCAUAUCAGGGCUAUCCAUUGGAUCAUCCUCACCUGCGGAUGCGCAAAUCCAGAUGCUUGUGGAGUACCUCACGGGAGAAGCAGGUGGCCCUGAGGAUCAACAGUUGGCAUCACAAAUAACGCGGCUUAUUAUCGCUGGAAAUUCGUUAUCGCUUGCGGAAUACGGCGAGGAGGGUGAAGACGAGAAGAAACCAAGAAAAUUCGGCGCAUCAGCGCAGGCAAAUUUUUCUCCUCAUCCGAAUCUUGCGCUUUCCGCUCAUCUUCACGAUCUAAUUUCUGCACUUCCUGUGCAUAUAUUGCCAGGAGCGGAUGAUCCUUCAGGAGUCAUUCUUCCCCAGCAACCUUUCCCCCGUGCGAUGUUCGGAAAGGCUGCAGCAUUUGAGGACUUCCACUGCGAAUCAAAUCCGGCCUGGCUUCGUGUCAGAUGUAGUGAUGAACCUGAGCCAUUGACACCGAAAGAAGGGCAAAUUUCAUCUUCUCCAUCAAGUCAUCCGCCUGUCACUCGCAGCCUAUUGGUGACCUCUGGACAGCCUAUUCUUGACAUGUACAAAUACCUUCCAACCCCGCCCUCGAGCCUCGUGUCAAUCGCUGCCUCAACCUUAAGAUGGAGCCACGUUGCCCCGACUGCUCCGGACACACUAUGGUGUCACCCUUAUCGAGACCGAGACCCGUUUGUUUUGCGGGCAACUCCGGAUAUUUACCUUGUUGGCGGAAUGCCCCAAUUCGGCACAGAGCUGGUGGAUUCAGAAGAUGAAUCGGGCGGGAAAGGAAGAAGUUGCAGAAUUGUUCUAGUCCCUAGUUUCUCCCAGACGGGAAUUCUAGCACUUGUCAAUCUGCGGACUUUGGAAGUACGGCGGGUAGAUUUUGGGGUCGAGGGAUUGAGUGCGGGUGGCGGAGAGCAGCAGCCUUCAGGACAGGAUGGAGAUGAUAUGGCAGAAGGCUGACAAAUUUUAUUGGUUUUACCCAGUCAACAACGAAUCGCGAUUAAGUCCGGGGAUGUCAUGAUUCUGCAUCUGCACGAUAAUCGCGUUGAUUUUACGCCACAUCUGGUUGAGCGUCUUCUGAUACUGGAUUAAUUCGGCAGGUGUAGUGUUCAGCGUCACGUGGAAAACCAUCAC